AUGGCAUACAACCACUUCGCCACGCCUGAUCCGGAGCUCGGUCCGCUUGUCCAGUCGAUUCUCAAACCCGUUGGCCUCGACAUCAACGACAUGCAGGCGUUCCGAAAGGGGUUCGCACUUGCCGGAGACGCGCAGCGAAAGCUCUCAGCCAGCGACUCUCGUGCCGCAGCGGAGGCCCUCGUCAUUCGGGACCACACCAUCGCCGUCGACGACGGCUCGUUUACUGCGCGAUCGUACCACCCGUUGGAGCCGAAGGACGGCGUAUACCCCCUUUUCGUGUGGACCCACGGCGGAGGCACGGUCGUCGGAGAUGUGGAAACCGACGACCUCUUCUGUCGUCUAGUCGCGCACGAGCUGAAGAUGACCAUCCUUAACAUCGACUACAGACUCGCCCCCGAGCAUCUUUUCCCCAUCUCGCUCAACGACAGCUACGCCGCGCUGAAAUGGUCCGUCCUCAACGCGAGCCUACUGCACGCCGAUCUCUCCAAGGGCAUCAUCCUCGGCGGCCUUUCCGCAGGGGGCACCCUCGCCGCCGCCGAGGCGCACCGCGCCAAGUCCGAUCCGUUCUUCGCCGCGCACAACACCAAGAUCUCCGGCCUGUUCCUGCAGUUCCCGAUGCUCUGCCAGCCCUCGCACGUCCCCGAAGAGUGCCUUGAAGGCGAACGUGACCUCGUUCUGUAUACGGGCGCGAAGAACGACGACCCGGAGUUCGCCCCGCUCCUCAACACGUCCUUCGAGGGCCUCCCGCCCACGCACAUCCAAGUCGCGGGUCUCGACCCCCUGCGCGACACCGGCCUCGCGUACGCCGAGCGGCUGAGGGCGGCGGGGGUGCCGACCAAAGCCAUAGCGUACCAGGGCGCGACGCACGCGUUCCACUACGACUUCCCGCAGACGGCGAUCGCCCAGAGGUGGGAGCGCGAGGCUCGGGAAGGCCUGCGGUGGCUCAUGGAGCAGGCGAAGACGUCGUAG